ACAGGGAUCGUAAAGAGAGGCUCAGACAUUAGAACUAAUCUUGGAUUAAACUCGAAUCGAAAGACCAACGAAAUUUAAGAUUGUUUCCUGGGAAUUUCAGGGAAUUUCUAGAAUUUCUCUAUACAAAAUAUUGGGAAACAGGAAAAGGAGGUAUUCGUUUUCUUUAAACAAAGCAUUUGAUGUAUUUUCUUGGACUAUUUGGACUGCUAAGCCACACUGUGAGAGGGAGAGAGCAUUUUCGAUAUUCUAUUCAGAGAUGUUUGAAGAGUUUAAGCCAAGAAACGGAAACCCCUUUCCGCCUACGCCUCUGUGUGGGUGGGUGGGUCUACCUCUGUGGCAGUGGCAUGGCUUGUACCUGCCACACGGACAUAAAAUUCAUGCCGCAAAAGGUCAUUGAAAAUCGUUUAUCGAAAACUAAAGUUUAAUUACCAGAACACGCCCAAUUUGCCACGCCCCCCCCGCAUAAGCCUGUAGCAGUAGUACCCUCGACCCCCCCACCGAGAAAGGUUGCCUAAUUGAGGGUUAACAAUCUGAAAACUUAUUGAACUACGAAGCAAGGACAACGCCCAUCUCAUCAAUUAUGCUGCUCAACGCAGGAGGAGAGUCCUCUGUGCUAAGGCUAUAAAAGGCAGCAGGACGACCGGGAUUAUGAGCUGGAAAGUGCAGACGGAGAGCGGCAGUAGAGAGCGAGAUGUUACCUCGAUUCCUCACCUCGUCACUGGCCAUGGAAAGGCACUAUUUUCUGGUGCCAAAGUUUGCACUGUCGCUGAUUGGAUUCUACCCGGAACAGGAGCGCACUCUGGGCCUUCGUCUGUGGAGUUUCUUCAACUUUCUCAUCCUGGCCUACGGCUGCUAUGCGGAGGCCUACUACGGCAUACACUACAUAUCCAUUGACAUAGCGACGGCCCUGGACGCCCUCUGUCCAGUGGCCUCGAGCAUUCUGUCCCUCCUGAAGAUGGUCUGCAUUUGGUAUUACCGGGACGAGCUCAAGUCGUUGAUUCACAGGGUCAGAACCUUGACGGAAGCACAGCACUCGGAGCGGAAGCUGGCCUACAAGAAGCGGUUCUUUACGCUGGCCACCCGGCUGACGACAGUGCUCCUCUGCGCGGGGUUUUGCACGAGCACUUCCUACUCGGUGAGGCAUUUGCUGGACAAUGUGCUGAGACGAGCCCAUGGCAAGGACUGGAUCUACGAGACGCCCUUUAAAAUGAUCUUUCCAGAUCCUCUCCUGCGUUUGCCGCUCUACCCCCUCACCUACAUCCUAGUCCAUUGGCAUGGCUACAUCACGGUCGUUUGCUUUGUGGGAGCCGAUGGCUUCUUUCUCGGCUUCUGUCUGUAUCUGACGGUGCUGCUGCUCUCCCUGCGCGAUGAUGUCAACGAUCUGCUGGAGGUUUCCAACAUAGAAGAGAGCCCCAACGAGGAGAAUGAGGCCCGUAUUGUGCGGGAUAUGGAAAGGCUGGUGGAUCGUCACAAUGAGGUGGCGGAACUCACGGAGCGACUGUCGGGCGUCAUGGUGGAGAUCACCCUGGGGCAUUUUGUCACCUCUAGCCUUAUUAUAGGAACCAGUGUGGUGGAUAUGCUGUUGUUUUCUGGCGUUGGCAUCAUCGUUUAUUUGGUGUACACCUGUGCUGUGGGCACUGAAAUCUAUCUGUAUUGCCUGGGAGGGACGCACAUCAUGGAAGCGUGCUCGGAUCUGGCUCGUUCUACGUUCGCCAGUCACUGGUAUGGCCACAGUGUAGGCGUCCAGAAGAUGGCUCUCCUGAUGGUGGCCCGCGCCCAAAGGGUCCUCACCAUCAAGAUUCCUUUCUUCUCCCCAUCGCUGGAGACUCUUACGUCGAUUCUACGCUUCACUGGUUCUUUGAUUGCUUUGGCCACGUCCGUGAUUAGAUAGAGGAUACUCGGGAACUCUUACGUUUUGGAGAUUAAAGAUAAAUAAAACGAAUUGGAAUUGUUUUUGGAGGA